AUGAGUCAACCCACGGCGAGGGAGAUCCCCCCAUUCACCUUCCCCCGCGAAUACCACUUUCCACCUUUCUUCACCCGCCAAACCAACCUCACAACACACCACGCCCAACUCACCAAAUGGUCCUCCCUCAUCCUCUCCUUCUGCCAACACUACCGCAUCCACCGCCUCUCCCUCUCCCAAUUCACCACCACCGCCACCAGCAGCACCGCCACAUCUUCCUCCUUAACUUCCUCGUCUUCGGCCGCGCCACUCGAAACCCUCUUCCACAACCCGACUAUAAACCGCCGCCUCAGCACAGCGGACAUCAAGGACGUCAUCGACUUCAUGCGCAAGCAGGGCCGCGUCGAGUCGUACGCCCCCACUGGCGCGAACGGCGACGGCGGGAAGGAUGUUGUGUGGGUUUAUUGGCGGACGCCGGAGGAGUGGGCGGAGAUUGUGGAGAGGUGGGUGGAUGAGACGGCGCAGAGGGGGGUGGUUUUGACGGUUUAUGAGAUUACGGAGGGGGAGACUUGUAGGGGGACGGAGUUUUAUGGGCUGGAUCAGGAGUUGAUGAUGAAGGCUCUUCAGGUCCUCGUCAAGAGGGGGAGGGCGCAGAUUUUUGGCCAGGAGGACUCGCAGGGUGUCAAGUUCUUCUGA